CCCACUCGUUCAAAAUCUAUUUGAGUUUCUUCUCAUUUCAUUUCCUUUUCAUCUGCUUUUCCGGGGCCGGGUUGCUGGGGCAGCAGUCUUAGGAGAGAACUCUAGACACUUCUUCCGCAGGGAUUCCAAGUGUUCCAAGGCCAGCCGAGAGACAGAAGCUGCGUCCCAAAUCGUACACUUAUGCACUAUUCUACGCCAUUUUGUAGUAUAAAUAGUAGUGGAAAUGGUGGCCAGAGGUCAGAAACGAAAGCUCUGCAGAGACGACGAGGGAGCAGGUUCAGCUUGGGAAAGUCAGCUGCAGUCUGUGCUGGACAUUUCCAUGGACAAAUACCAGCGGGACCAGGCUCUGGUGGAGCCCAGCUUAUUACGGUCAGUUCUGAUCAACAACACCCUGCGGCAGGUUCAGUCUGAGGUCCGUGCACAGGUAGACUCACUCUCCCCUCUAAACCAAUCACAGCCCAAGCCUCAAGAUUUUCCUCAAAUACUCUCUCCGGUUGACCGUAACGCAUCUCUGUUCUCGCUGAAUGCUGAAAACGUGGAGGAAGAUAUCACGGGCUGGACAUCAGAGGAGGAUUUCUCAUUAUCUUCUGCCAUCUCUGCCAUUCUCAAAGAUCUAGACGCCAUCAUCGAUGGACCGUCUCAACGUUCUCCACUCGGAUCCAUAGAGAAUCUACCAGGGUGUUCAAGUUUGAGGGCUGAAAAAUCAUACUUCAGAACAGAGGCCACGUGUCCAGGUCAAGACGUGUCUUUGGAUAAACUACUUAUGGACAUCGAUUCAUCCGUUUUUGAGCCUGAAGUGAAUCUCCUGCAAGGCUUUUCUGAUGAUUUAGUGAAGUAUCUACCAUCCUUGUCCAAAUCCCCAUCAGCUUCUCCAUCUGUGGUUUCUCCAGGUCAGGCCACAUGGGAAAUCCAGGAGAUCGAGCAUGUUAUGGACUUCCUGAUGCGGACGUAUCCGUGAAGAUGAUUUUAAUGAUUGGUUGAGUUAUUUAAAUGGUUUUUACGGAUGUCUUGGACAUCUAGACAUGUAAAUGAAGAUGGCUUGGCUAAAGCAAUGCUAAAUUUGGACUGCCAGUGAACAUCUAAUAGACAUCCAAGAAAGGACCAAAACUAGACUAGUCAUCAAAUACACAUUAAG